GUACCGUUGAUCACGUACUGUUUGAUGUCGCUGAUGCACCUGACGUUCAUUUGCUACGUGAUGUUAACGAAGGUGAUGGUAGAGUGGCAUAACUUUUCAGUGGUGCAGAAUGUUCUGGCAGGAGUCGAGUGGAUGUGGACUGUGUUUGAGCUGCUUUGCCUGAUGAGGAUAGUGAGCACUUUUGCCCGGACGCGGGAAGAGUCACUAAAAACGCAAAAGCUGCUGCUACGUCUGAACCUCAGCCCGAUGGAUCAUAAACUUAAGCAAAGCAUCGAGGUGUUUGCUCUUCAAACGUUACACCAACCGAUUGAAUUCACCGCCUGCCGUAUGUUCACUUUGGAUUACACGGUGUUGUUUUCGAUUGCGGCCGCCGUCACGAACUAUCUCAUCAUUCUGAUACAGUUUGAAAUGGCAAUAGAGCAGUAGUUUAGCUGUGCGUUGAGUGAGAUAUAUUCCUAAAAAUAGAGGAAAAUGCUCUUUAAAUAAUGUUUGCUUCAAUGACACAUCGAGAUAGAUACCUUUACCUGUAAAGAUACUGCUUCGGAGUUUCAUUUCAUUCGGACAAAGGACAACGCACACGCGCAUUCGU